GAGCAGUGGGAUGACUGGAACUUACAUGCCAGUGGAAUGACAUACCCACAAGUGAACUUAACAUGCACACAUACUAACCUAUAAUGUCGAGUUGGUUUCACCCCUGCAUCGUGUGUCCAUUCUUUAUGCCACAAGAUGAAUGUCAAAGUGUGAGUUGAAAUACAGGGAAGUUUCCCACAAAUUCCAUUCAUAUGAAAGUUAUAAAACACACAACUUUGUCCUCCAGUAAUGCUUGAGGGCCCACGUUACUGUCAGAUCAUGUCACAGUAUAUUGCAUAUCAAAUGAUGUACUAAAUUGGUUGUGUGGUGUUUACAUAAAAUAUUCAUACAGUAGUUGAGCAUGUAUUCACAAUGGCAUAUAUUCACAGUUUGAGCUUUUAUACCAUUGUAAAUUGAUGGAGACGCUGGGAGAAGAGUGGCUUUUAUGGACUAGAAAGUGUAUUGUAAUCCUGGAGGCGUUGGAACCAGAAAACCACGGUGGGAUCCAGACAGGAGGAGUCUGAACGUAGACACCUUCUGAUAGUGUCUGAAGGUCGCAACACUCAAAAACAGCGUGACUUCUGCAAAGCUUGUCCACCCCGUUACAGAUCCUGUCACAGUCAACCCUGUCACAGUCAACCCUGUCACAGUCAACCCGGUUACACACCCGGUUGCAGACCCUGUAUCAAACAGGCCAAAGGCUCCAGAGCAGGCUCCAUCAGAGGAGAGCGACCGUGUGAAGAAGGAGCGCCCGAUGAGCACCAUGAGCCAGGCGUCUAACUACACAGGAGGGUCAGACUACAGCACCUACCCUGGCAGCAGCCCCGCCACACGGCCUUCAAGGUCUUACAAAAAGGUCCACAACUUUGGCAAGAGGUCCAACUCUAUUAAGAGGAACCCCAAUGCCUCGGCGGUCCUGAGCAACUGGCUUUACAAACAGGACAGCACAGGGAUGAAGCUAUGGAAGAAGAGGUGGUUUGUGCUGUCUGACAUGUGCCUGUUUUACUACAGAGAUGAGAAGGAGGAGGGCAUCCUGGGAAGUAUCCUGCUGCCCAGCUUCCACAUCUCCAUGCUGUCGGUCGACGACCAUGUCAGCAGGAAAUACGCCUUCAAGGCAACCCACUCCAACAUGAGGACAUACUACUUCUGCACAGACACGGCCAAAGACAUGGAGUCCUGGAUGAAAGUGAUGACGGACGCAGCCCUGGUCCACACAGAACCAAUCAGAAGACUGGAUAAGUUGAAGGUGGACCGUUGCUGUCCCCAGGAGGUGAACAACAUCCUGAACCACAACCGGGUUCUGACCCGACCAGAGAUCCAGAACAACGAGAGGAACCUUGAGCCGCGCCAGCCCUCCAUUACCCGCAGCAUGGACCGCACAGACGGGGACAGGAAACACAAAGACCCAGAGAAACAAACCCUCCAGAGAGAGCGGGAACGCUACACGCUGCAGAGAGAAGGAGAGAGAUACUCCCUCCAGAAAGACGGGGUGAGCUACACGCUGCAGAGAGACGGAGAGAGGUACCUGUUGCAGAAAGACGGCGAGCGGUACGCCCUGCAAAAAGACGGGGAGCGGUAUUCCUUGCAGAAAGACGGAGGCGAACGAUAUUCUGUGCCUAAAGAUGUUCAGAUGGAGAAAUACGCACCUCAGAAAGACGGGGAGAAGUACUUGGUACAGAAAGAUGGAGAGAGAUAUGCACUGCAAAAAGAAGGAGAGAGAUACACCCUCCAGAAAGAUGGACAGAAAUACAACCUCCAGAGAGGGGUAGAAAGACAAACGUCUAUGACUGAGAAAAGAGGGGUAGAAAGACAAACCUCUAUGACUGAGAAAGAUCGGUCAGAUCGUUAUGGGACCCUUGAUGAAAGGCAGAAGUAUAAAACCCUACGAGAAGGGAGUAAGUGUGGUACCCUGCGGGAUGGAGAGAAGCAUGGGACGCUCGAUAAGUAUGGUACCCUUAGGGAAGUGGAUAAGUAUGGAACCCUCCGUGAAGGGAACAAGUAUGGAUUCCAGAGGGAUGGCAGUGCUGAGAGACCUCUGACUAAAAUCAACAGCAUCAAACUCCAACCAGCCCAGGCAGCAGCCAUCGCAGCAGCAGUUACAGCCUCCCGCCAGAUACAGGUCUCCCAGCACAUGGCCCCACAUCAGGUCAACGGCUCUGGGGAGCGGGUUGAGGACCAAAGCCCAGGGGAGGUGGUAGGUACCCUGGGCAGAGGAGCAGGGAAGGCCCAUGACCCGCCUCAGAACCAGACCCAGAACCAGCAGGCCCAGGAACCAGAGAAGAGUCUGACCAGAACCAACUCCAUGAUGCAGCUGGAGAACUGGGUUAGGACCCAGAGGACACAAGAGGAUGACGAUACUAGGAGCAUCACCUCCUACCAGACCUUGCCCCGCAACAUGCCCAGCCACCGUGCCCAGAUCGUUCCCCGCUACCCCGAGGGCUACCGUACCCUCCCCAGGAACAUGCUGUCCCGACCCGGGAGCAUCUGCAGCGUGGCCGGCUCCGUCUACGACCGCGCCCUGGCUCCCACGUCCAACGCAGACAAGAGGCGCUCCAUGAGGGACGACACCAUGUGGCAGCUGUAUGAGUGGCAGCAGAGGCAGGCCUUCUCCAGGCAGGGCCCACCACCACCAGGCCACUACGGGACCCUGCCCAGCCCCAAGACCAUGGGGAACAUCUCUGAGCACCAGGGGGUGGCCCCCUCCAUCCCCACAUCCCCCUCCCAUGGAUCCCUGGCCCUCUACCACACCUUCUCCCCCCCGGGCCAGCAACGCAGAGACAACCCACCAGGGUCGACCAGGUCCGAGGUGUCCUCACCCAUCUUCAGAGGGGACCAGACUAUGACUAUAGACUGCAGGCACAGGACUCACCUCACCAAGUAUAACUACCCACCUGACCGCCGGUCCAUGCCAGCAGGCAUCCCAGUGCAGACCAUUACCCCACAGUCACUCCAGGGCAAGACGACGAAGGACAAUGAGCCGUUAAUCUUCACGAUUCACACUAUGAUUGAGAACUCUGCACCACGGCCUCAACUGUACCAGCAAAUCAGCCCUGAGGACUACAAAGACAACUCCUACAGCCACCAGAGGCCAGAGGACAUCGACAUAGACACUAAGCUGAGCAGACUGUGUGAGCAGGACCAAGUGGUGAGAACACAGGAGGAGAAACUACAGCAACUACACAGAGAGAAGCACACCCUGGAGACGGCUUUGCUGUCUGCCAGUCAGGAGAUAGAGCAGAGCUCUGACAACCCAGCGGCCGUACAGAGCCUUGUACAGCAGAGAGACGUACUGCAGAAUGGACUGCUCAGUACCUGUAGAGAACUGGCACGGGUCAACACUGAGUUGGAGCGGUCGUGGAGGGAGUAUGAUAAAAUGGAAUCUGGCGUCUCUCUGGCCAAAACAAACCUGUUGGAACAGCUAGAGGCCCUGGGCAGCCCACAGACGGAACCUCCCAGCCAGCAGCAUGUCCACAUCCAGAAAGAGCUGUGGAGGAUCCAAGAUGUGAUGGAGGCUCUGGCCAAGAACAAACCCCAGAGGACCACUGACACUGGUUUCCUUGGUUCCAAACCCAUCUCAAACCUACAGAAGAACGAGCAAGGCCCAGACUACCGUCUGUAUAAGAGUGAACCGGAGCUGACCACUGUGGCCGAGGAGGUGGACGAUAACAACGGAGAGGACAAUGACAAGGACAGACUACAGGCGGGGCUGACCACUGACAAGGAGCCUGCGGCCACUAAAGUCCCAUUAGGAGUACCAGUCUACCCAGUGGGUAUCGUGCCCCCCAGGACCAAAUCCCCCAUGAGUCCCCCAGAGUCCUGCACCAUCGCCUCCUACGUCACCCUGAGGAAGGGCAAGAAGCCUGACCCCAGGACUGAGCGUCCUCACAGUGCCGUGGAGCAGACGUGCGGACCGGGGGAGAGGGAGAGCGGCAGAGCCAGGAUGAGUGUAGAGGAGCAGCUGGAGAGGAUCAGGCGACACCAGCAGGCCUCGCUCAGGGAGAAGAAGAGGAGUAGCAGCAGUAUCUCCCCCUCACGCUCUCCAUCCUUCUCCAAGGAGAACCCCUUCGUUACACAGGUCAGGCUGGAGGUGUUCUCCACAGACACCCAGGAGCUGGAGGCAGCACUGCAAGACCUGGAGCAGGUCAGAGGCCGAGUUACAGAGCAUCUGGAGAGGGACCGAGGUGCAGAACUGGAGCUGCAGAGAGACAGAGCUGCUGCAGCUGCUGAAGAAGAAAUGGAGAGGGGUCGAGCUGCAAUAGAAAAGCUGGAGCGAGACAUGACUGAAGUGGCUGCAGUGGUGGAGCAGGAGAUGGCCAGGACUCAUGUGGCUGUAGAAGAGGAGUUGGACAGGGCUGCAGAAUUGGAGCUGGAGAGAGACCGGGCCGCAGUGGCAGCAGCUGCAGAAGAAUUGCAGAGGGCUAGAGCUGCAGCUGAAGAACUAGUCAGAGGGAGGAGUGCAGUGUCUCCAGAAGAGGCGCUGGAUAUUGACACGGCUGCAUUGGUGGAGCUGGAGAUGGAAAUCACUGUGGUGGAGGAGAUCAGCUACAGAGCUGAGGAGGUGGAUGUCAUCCCUGUCCCCAGGCUGAGUGAGGAGGAGCCACAGCCCCGGACGGAGAGCUCCAACAUGGACACAGAGGUGUCAGAGACCCAGAUGAUGGUGAUAUCGGAUCAGGGUGUGAAGCCCCUGUAUGUACAGUACCUGAUCCCUGGACAACAUCAACAGCAGGGGGAGAGGGAGACAGAGAGGAGAAACACCCACACUCCCAACACCCUCAUUCCCCACAACAGUUUGCCAGCUGCUGUGUCAGAAGCACUGACUCCUGAACUUGAGGAGGACAUGAUGCAGAGUGAGGUGAUGCAAGGGGAGGCUCCGGAGCAUGAGACCCAGGGGAACAACAUUAACAUAUCCUAUGAACUACCAGUAGAGGGCGCUAAACUCAACAACAACCUGAUGGCUGUGAAGAGCCUGCCCUUUCCACCCCAGUCCUCCUCCUCUCCCUCUCCUCCCUCUCCUCCUCAACUCACUGACGGAUCCCACUUCAUGUGUGUGUAGACGUGUCGAGGAGGUGGUUCUGUGAACUGAACGACACUCACCCAGACAUUGACCUUGGUGAGCAGUGACUCAUAAGCGAUGCCAGCCUGGAGACCCAAGAUGGCAUCCUACAGAGCCAAGAUGGCACCAGCCAGCCUGCACAGAGCAUGCCCAGUAGCUCUCUGUAUGUAUAGAAACAACUGUAGCCAGACAGACAGAAAGAGUAGAUCCACAGGCCUGCUCGUAUUACUUAUUGCCUGCCUACACAACAACUGUGAUGCAAAACUCUCUCAUUCACACAGAGAUAUCAGAGGACGAGAUAGUAUUACCAGAGUGAUAAUUGAUGAUGAUUAUUAUUAUUACAGGUAUUAUGAUGGUCUGUUAUUUUGGACAUGUUCUGUGAGGAUGUCUUGAGUGUCUAUUAGCUGAGCACUGCUGUGAAAAGGAGAGGACUGUACAGUUGUAAAUAAGAGCACUAGUGGAGUCUCACACUGGGAAGAUCUCAAUUGCAUUCUUCUUGCGUCCUGUCUCCUCAUCUCCUUCCCAAAUCCCGCUGGAGGAGAAGGUCAAAGGGGAAGGAUAUCUGGCUUUCUCAUCUAAUGGGUUCUGAGAAGGAGACAAGGACCUGAGGAUGGGAUGAGUAUGCAUUUGAGGUCUUCCCACAAUCACACACUAUUGAGAGUGCGAAGCACCAAAUCUACACACACUAAGGCAGUGCUUUACUUUAACCACACGGGGGCGCCAUAUACUCUUGUCUUUUUUACUGGUUUUACUCCCAUUUAAGUUUUUAACCUGAUGCCCUAAACUUUUCAUUUUCCACUUAUUUUACACCGCACAUUCCCUCAUUGUUCAAAGAAGUUGUUAAUAUAUACAUAUAUAAAACAUAUAGAAUGAACUAACUAUUCAAUGAGUUUAUACUUCAAUAAGGUGCCACCCUAUUGCUGCUGUUGGACAGAGUUUAAAUAUUUUAUAAAAGUUGUGUUUAUUUAUGUCGGGAGGAUCGGAAUCUGGUCGCCGCUGACAACCACACGUAAAUGUCCUGGGUUAGAAUCGAUCUGCUUCUCUGUUUUUUUUUCUACGGCUGAGAUAUAUUUAAAGUAAAAUAUAGAAGAAAGAUCAAAUAGUUUUAUGAGAUUAGGGUUGUGUGUUAGAUUCUGUCUGAUUGUGUGGAGUCCUGGACAGAGAGAAGAGAAUAGCACAUGUAUAAGCAAUAAGCAGGCGUUUUGUUCCUCCAGGACAUUAAAAUAUAAUGUACAUAAAUGUAAAGUUUCAUUGUGUAUAUGAUGUACACCAUAGAAAGAGCAGAGCAGAAAUUAUAAGUCUGAGGUUAUUAUUAUCAGAGUUAAUAUGAAAAAUGUUCAUAUCUCAUCUGUUUUAUAUCAUGUGAAAUAAAUGUUGAUGUUCUUAAA